UUUAUUUACGUUCUCUGUUUAUAUGUGUAUAUAUUAGUUCUCUGCUGAGAAUACUUUAUUUUGAUAACUUUUAUACAUAAACAAAAUUAAGUACAAAAAUGGAUAAAUUAACAAUGAUUAGUGCUACUUUGUUUCUUGCCGCCGACGUCUUUGCAAUAGUCAGUUUGGCGAUGCCUGACUGGAUUGUAACCGAAGAAGCUGGUGAUAUCCGUCUAGGAUUAAUGUGGACUUGUAUGACGCUAUAUAACCGGUCACAAGUAUGCUAUACACCUGAACUGCAGCCAGAGUGGUUAGUAGCUCUAGUCUGCAUAUUCAUAGGUUGUAUUUGUAUUACCACUACUGUAAUACUUUUGGCAUCCAGCAGUUGGGAUCGGAAUGUUAUACCAUAUGCCCGUUGGGUCGGAUUUACGGCUAUGGUUUUAUUCUGCUUAGCUGCGGUAGUUCUUCCAUUAGGUUUCCAUGUGGAAGAGAUCGGUGGACAAGCUUAUCAACUUCCUAAUACUUACAAAAUUGGCAUUUCAUAUAUUUUGUUUGUAUUAGCUCUAUGGAUAACAGUGGUAUCUGAGUUGUUUGCAGGAAAAGUAUGUUUGCCGCAUUUUUAAUAAAUAUAGGUGAAAAAAAGUUGAUGAGAAGGAGAAAAUUGUUCUGGGUCUCUAUUCAUCCUUAAGGGGAUCAUCCUGUGUGACGCUCGUUUUUUUUUGGAGUUUUUUUAUAGUGAAAUGAAAAAACAAUUUUGUUAAUUGCGUAAUUUAUCGCUCCAUUGGCACCCAUAUUAAAAAAAGUAGACAAACGGCGUCUAUGAUUAAAGCAGACUGGCUUACCUAAAAUCAAAAACACAAAUUGCAUGUAAAUCUGUUGGUAGAUGGCUAUCGACGAAACUAGAAACUGUUCAAUAUUUUUCAAAAAUCCUAGUUCGGGCGAUAGCCAAGUGUAUUAUGUGUCGACCAAUAAAAUUUUAAAGCUAUCGAUGGAAUCGUUUUUGAGAAAUCGUUGACGCCAGUUUAAAAAAUGUAGUCCCGAGAAAAAUAAAAAAAAAAGAUAGAAACGGCCCUAACAGUCGGCCAUGCGCUUUAAAAACCUUACUUUCUCACUCCUGUAGCUUUUUAACUACAUUAAAUUUCGGAAAAUUACUUUACAAGCACAUUCUAUGAAUGCUCUAGAUUGGAUUUAUGCAAAAAAAAAUCGCUUUUUCGAAACUUGUAGACGGGAUGACCCCUUAAUUUAAUUCGUACCCAGUCGUGAUAUUUUAGGUUUAAGGAGAUAGUUUAUCGUGUUUAUACUAUUUCUUAAGUAUUAAUUCUUAUUUUAUUUCAUGUGCAAUGCACCGUUUGUAAAUUUAAUUUAAUCAGAUUUUUCUUACAAAUUUUCUAUUACCGAUGAGAUAGAUUUACUAAGUGUCUGUUAUUAUUUUACUAAAAUUAAAUAAUAAAGAGAGAUUGUUACAAAAACGAA